AUGGCUGGAAAAGUCGAAGGCACACGGCAGUUGCAACUGUCUUUCAGCUUGCAAACUGUCAACGACGAGCAGCAGAUAGACCCUCUCGAGGUUGCCAAGACGUUAAUGGAGGAUUCCCAGAAGUCACAAGGGGAAGCCCCAGACGGCAGCACAACCGCCAAAGACAAGGUCGACGUCACAGCCGCCGAAGACGAAGCAAAGACGACAGGGAAAGCGAAAGCCAAAGCCAAGGCCAAAGCGAAGGCCAAAGGGAAGGCCGAGCCCAAGGCCAAAGCGAAGGCCAAAGCGAAGGCCGAACCCAAGGCCAAGGCGAAGGCCAAGGCUGCAGCAAAGGCAGACGAGUCAACGGCCGAGGUUCCAAAGCCUGAGGGCACGACAGAGAAGAAACGGAAGGCCCCGGAAAAGCCGGCUGAGGAGCCCGAGAACAAGAAGCCAGAAAAGAAGAAGGCUAGCGAAGUGCUGCGGGAGCGAGCCACGGCCCUCGUUGCGGAGCUUCCAGAGGAGCAGCCGCAGGAGGCUGAAGUUGGCGACUCGAAGAUCCGUGACAGGCGAAAGGCCUGGUUCUUUGAGAAGAGUCUGCCAACUCUUUCGACGGACCUGCAGAAGUUCUUCAAGAGCAAGGCUGACAAGACUCGCUUGGUCAACGAGGUCGUGAAGCCCGGCGAGAACACUAAAUGGGAGAUCGACCAGGAGCAUCCCAUUGUCGAGACCCUGACUUCUCACUACCGUUCCGUGAUCGGGAAGACGAAGCAGAAGUCUUACCCGAGAGCGAUUAUGGUCGCUAAGUGCGGCGGGGAGUCAGCCUUUCUGCAGUCGGUGCGGGAUGGCGACAUAGUGGAGAUCAAGGAUCAUGGCCAGACCCAGUACAUGUACAGGCAGUUGGAGGUUCAGCACCGGACGGCUGUGAAGCAGCAGACCCAGCUGCGGCAAGGCACCCGCUGUGACCAGGAAAGCAAGGAGAAGUUUGAAGCCUUCUGCGACAACUUCGACCCAGAGUUUGAAGCGUUGGUGCCAGCGAGCAGCUCCGGUAGUGUCGCCUCGGCUUUCGCAGUGCCAACACCGUCCCCGGCCCCGGCCCCUCUGGCCAUCCUUGACAAGCAGCCAGAUCCCCAAGUGCUACCUCUGCUGGACCCUAAGCUGCUCGAGAGGAUCGAUCAGGCCCUGAGCUGGCUGGUGCAGGCCAAGCAGGCCACUUAUCGGCUCCAGAGCAGCACGUCGGGCACCUGGCUCAGCCUCAAGCGUCAGUUGGACGACAAGUGGGCUCAGCUGCUUCCGUUGCAGUCACAGCUUGAAACCUUCAAGCUCUCCAACAAAGGGAGCGUGGCUCAGGUGAAAGCC